GCAGCGGCUCUUCCCGGGGCUGCGGGUCCGGCUCGUCGUCGUUCCCGAGGCUGCCAGAGCCGUGCGGGGGGAGACUAGCAGCCCUCCUGCGCAGGGCCGGUAGCGGGGCGCUGCCCUGUGCCGUGCCUCUCCUGCCGGCGGCCCGGCUGGAGGCUGUCAGGCUGUGAGGUUGCAUACAGUAGGAGAAAAUUGCUUAGAAAACAUAAGUGCUUUGGACUGAGUUAUGUGGAAGAGCUGAAUAUGAUUAAAGAACAUGAGACUAUAUGCAGGGAAUCUCAGUGGGAUAGUCUGAAGAUCAAACAAGCAAUAGUUACUGCUCCUAGAAACGUGAGCAUUUAGCCCUUAUUGGAAGAUUUAACACCAGAUCAAUCGUAUCAGUUAAGACCAUUAUCCUCUCCAGAGGUCAAAGAGUCCACAUAAGCUGGUCAUGAAUAUAAAUAAAAAUAUUCCUAAUUAAUUCAUUGGGCGUUCUGAAGUUCACAGAAAAUAAGGAUAUCUUCUGAAGUAAGAGACAUGAGAAAACAAACCCCUGAUAUCAGGGUGAUGACUCAAAGAAAUAAAUCUGUGGAAGAAGACAGUGCUGACAAAAAUCAGAGAAGUCUCUCUGAAAAAGUUAACAGAGAAAAUGCCACUUGUAGUCAUGAAAGUACAGUUGUAAAACUGCCAGUAAUAGCAUCGUUUGCAGGUACCACUAAAAAAAUUUUAAUGGUCAAGCACCCAUUACCACCUCAGAAGCCAAGUUACUGCAGGUCUAAUUUUCAUGUUAAUAGCUCCCCUGUCUCAUUAGAAAAGAGAAAAGCUGUUAGUAAAGUAAAGGAUAGAGUGCACAUGCUACAGAUGGGUUCCCAGAAUUUAAAGAGAGAUAAAACUGAAGAAAUAGAUACUCUGAUUAAAGUUAGUGAUGAAUUUAGCCCUACAGAUUCUGAUACAAGUAAAAACAUUUCAAGAAAGGGAAAGAUAACCAGGGAAAGCUGUAAGAAGAGAAGCAGAGUGAUUUCAAAAGCCAAGCAACAAGAUUUAGAUGUUGAAUCGGGAAAAGUGCUGAGAAAAGGAAGCAAGCAGCCAAGUGUGAGGUCUGCUCGAGAACAGUUGGAAGAGGCAAGAGAUGUGACUAGACCAGACGCUUCAAAAAUAUACGAGAAGAACUUCCAGCAGAGCAAACCUGAAGAGCCUACUUCCACACCAGCAUUGCCUGUGAAAGUGGUUGCAAGGUCUAUUGAUGAAAUAAUUGCUUCCCUGCAGUCUACUUCUCCAUCUCCCUCAGACCAGACGAUCAAAGAACUCCUGGAGAGUGUUCUUGGCCAGAACUACAACAUAAAAAUGGAAGCACCAAGGGAACAUGAGGAAAUAAAAACUGAAUCUCAAGUCCUGCCAAGUUUUCACCAAGCAAGCCUGAAGACACCAGUAGUUCAGAAAGAAUCUCAAGCAGCAGAAAAUGAAUCUCAGCCUAAAUAUGAGCUGUUAACAUAUAAUAAGCAGGCUCCAUCCUUGGAUGUGCUACAGGUGGAAGGAAAAGCAAUAUCAAAAAUUAAACCAGCUGAAGUUCAGAAAGAGCUACAAGAGGAACACGACUUGCAACAGUCUUUGCCUCCUCAGGCUUCAAAUAUCAAAAGUCAACAUUAUCCAGGCAUUCAUCGAUUAUGUACAGCUUUUCCUAGUUUUAUACUGCCUCCUUAUUUACAACUGGUUUCUAGAGUUUAUCAUACUUUAGACAGAAGAGGUCACAAUAUCUUAUUUACAGCAGAGGACACAGACAGUAAGGAGGAAGAACCAACGUGUUCCAACUAUAUUUAUUUGAAAGAGCAAGCUGAAAGGAAAAGAAUUUGUUAUGAAGGAGUUCCUAUUUCAGAGCAAUUCCAGAAUAAUCAGAGAGAUGGGAUUCACUUUCUUCACCCUCAUACAUCAAAAAGUCCACAUGAAUGCCAAAAAGUAGCUGAAUAUUGUCUUAAAAAGCCACAACUGCAACUGUUGGGAGAGAAAGUUUCCAUUUAUCCAGAAGCUUUAAAAGUGUUUUGGGCUCCAGCUCCACCAAAAUUCUCUGCUCCAAUUUCUUCAUUAAAGGAAAUUUUAUUUCCUACAUAUGAGAGCAAUGUUAUUGAGGAUGUUGUAUUUGAAGACUUUUUCACUGAUCAUGAAGAAGACUUAGAAGCUGAGCAAGAUGAUCAUGAUUUCUGUGAUUAUGGAAUGACAAAACGUUUACUCAGAAGAUGCCAAUCCUUGCCUGAUUUUUCUGACAGUGAGAGCUCAGAGACAAGUUUGAUUAAAAGAUCAGUCUCAGCUCUCGAGAUGACAGCUUUCAAAGAUGAAACUACGUUAAAUAUGUCAGCUAAUUUCAAAACCAGCAUGAAAGAGUUGAAGGUUAUGAAGCAACAGAUAGCUGAGACAGAGGUUGAGACAGAGAUUGGGAAAAGCUCCCCUACCAAGCAUCUGUUGAAUCAACUCUGUGAUGAUCCUCAGUCAAUGCAGACAGAUAUACCAGUAGAAAAAAUGCCUAAUUUGACUGGACAAGAGGAUAGUGAGAAUGACGUUGUGGAGCGACCUCAAAAAGCUGGGAUUAAAUGCACUGUUUUCCCAAGAAGAAGGAAAACAAAGAAAUCAAAGAAAAUAAUACGUCCUAGAAUAUUAGAAGCUGUGAUUAAGAAAUUAAGUCAACCUCCAAAGAUUCUUAAAAGGUCUGUGUCUCUGGGAAGGCUUCAUAUUCAUGAUAAAUUCAGUAUCAAGGUGUCUGCAGCAAUCAAACAAUAUCGGAGCCACAGCAUCCCUUGUUUGUUAGAUUUUGAAAAGUUUGCAAAAAAAAGGGGUGGAAUUCCAAAAGAAACUUCUGCUCGUAUGUGGGUCAGUGGAAUAUGGAUCUGCUGGUUUGAGGAAACGUUCCCUCCUAGUGGGACUGCUUCUGAGGAGAGCGAUACUGAAUUACUGAAAGGAACUGAGACAGUGGACUGUAAAGAAGCAAAUCUACAAAUAGAACUAGUUGACUCAAUACAACCUGUUCUUCUUGAAGGUGCAACAGUUAGUAUUGAAGAUUUAGAAGAAGAAGUAAGAAGGCUGACUGAGCUAAUAGAAAAGGAAGAGCAUUCUUCAGCUUUUCACUACUGCAGGCGUGGAGCCAUACAAAGAAAGUUAGGCAAGUUAAAGUCAGCUAUGGAUGACUUGGAAAAAGCUAUUAGCUUAGAACCACUGCUGCUUAAUGCUUACUGGCAUAGACAUUUGAUUUACCUCUUUCAAGACAGAAUUUCUGCUGCUUUGGAUGACCUAAAUUUUAUAACUAAAUGGAACAAAAAUAAAGCAGAUACGUACCUGUCAAGGGCUGAAAUUUACAGAAAACAGGGUGAUAAUACAUUGGCAAUCCUCAAUUAUAGCUCUGCAAUACAAUGCAGUCCUACAGAUGAUGACAUUUAUUUUAGGAGAGCUGAGUUGUAUUUUGAAGAAAAUCAAUUGUUAUUGGCCAUGGAUGAUUAUGCCAAAUGUUUUCAGUAUAACCCGAAAAGAACAGAUGCACUUAUGAAACAUGGAAUACAUUUCUUUGACCAUUCAGUUUUGACUAUAGCUAUUCAGGAUUUUACAGCUGUGAUCAAGGAAGACCCCAGCAAUGCUCAGGCGAGGCUCUAUCGAGGAAGAGUGUAUGCGAAGCAGCAGCAGUAUAGAAAUGCAAUACAAGACUUUGCAGUGGCGGUUCAUCUAGACCCUUCUUGUUGGUUAGCAUUCUAUUAUAGAGGUUGCAUACUGCGACAGAUUGAUCCAAAAAGAGCUGUGCAGGACUUCAGUGUUUCUGUACUCAUCAAUGACACUCAGGAAAAUUUCUGUUCUUUUCUUCAUCGUGGGAUUGUUUACUCAGAACAGUGUCAAUGGUCACUUGCAAUCUGUGACUUUGAAAGUGUCCUAGCUUUGGACAGCUCUGUCAUCUUUGCUUACCUAAAUAUUGGUUUGAUACUGCUGUUGCACCUCAAUCAAUACUAUGAAGCUAUUCAACAGUUUACUAAUGCCAUUGAAACUGAUCCUCUCAGUGUUCAAGCCUAUGUAUGCAGAGCGCAAGCAUAUCAGAAGAUUAAUAAUUUACCAAAUGCUCUGAAGGAUAUAGGCAGAGCCAUUCAUCUUUACCCAAAUAAAUCACAACUUUGCGUAUUAAGGGGACAGUAUUUAAUGGAGUUGAAGAAAUAUGAACUAGCAAGUUUGUGUAUUUACCAACUUGCAGAAAUGGAUGAAGAAUCCUUUACAUCUCAGCCUGUUCAGCAAGGGCUCAUUCAGUCAUUUUGUCAAAAUCACAGUAAAGCCAUAGAGUGCUUACAAGAAGCUACUGCAACUCAGCCUGAACCUGCAAUGUUUGUUAUUUUAGGAAAAAUACAAAUGAAAGCCAAGAAAACUAAGGAUGCUGUGAGAAGUUUUAAAAACGCUAUGAAGCUCCUGAUGACCUCAGCAAAAAUCCUGCCUAAUACAUUUGAAGCUGCAGAAAUGUAUUAUCUCACAGGCUUGUGUUACAUGGAGCAAAAAAGUUUAUUACAGGCCCGUGAUGCUUUUAGUAUGGCUAUUAGACUACAUUCAAGUUACCCUGAUGCUUUUUAUCAGCGAGGGCUGUGUAGAAUGCAGCUCAGAGAAGCUAAGUGCAUCCGAGAUUUCAAUCAAGUGCUUGUCCUUUGUCCAUCACAUUUCCAGGCAUAUAUGAGUCGUGCUGCUUACUAUGGAAGUAAAGGUAGAUACUCUAAGGCAAUUCUGAAUUGCAAUGAGGCAAUCAAAAUUCUUCCUGACAGUGUGCAAGCUUAUUUUUACCGAGGAACUUUAAAGUAUCAAAAUAAGACAUUUAAAGCUGCAAUUGAAGACCUUUCCAAAACUAUCGACCUCAACAAAACCUGCAUUUUGGCAUAUUAUAACAGAGCCAUCUGUUAUUAUCAAAUAAAGGACUUCAGAAAGGCUUUGAAAGAUUAUGGAAUUCUUCUUCUUCUUGAAUUGAAUAAGGAAAUUGCUUUUAAAGUGUUAAUUAAUCGUGGACUGCUCUACAUGGAACUUGGUGAUUAUGCUAGUGCAUGUGAGGACUUUAAAGAAGCAAAUAUACUUAGUCCAGAUGAUAGCCAGAUCUUUCACACUAUGGGUAUCUGCUAUCAUAGACUUCAUGAGUUUAAAGAAGCUGUGAGAUCAUUUGACCAGGUUCUCAAACUAGAUCCUGUUUCUGUGGAUGCCUAUGUUGGACGAGGAAAUUCGUACAUGGAAAAUGGACAUGAGGCUGGUUGUAAACAAGCGCAGAAAGAUUUCUUGAGAGCAAUUCACCUGAAUCCAAAGUGUAUAAAAGCCAGAAUUUGCUUAGGAUACAACUUGCAGGCCCUUGGAAAGCUUCAGAGAGCAUGGAGACAAUUUACAGUUGCCAUUUGCAUUGAUCCAAAAUGCUAUGUUGCAUAUGAUGGACGAGCUUCAGUCUGUCUUCAAAUGGGUGAAACUUUUGCUGCAUUUCAAGAUACUAAUGCUGCCCUAAAGCUCACUACCACUGCUCCACUGCUAACAAAUCGGGGUGUCAUCAACCAGUUAAUGGGAUAUCUACCCUGUGCCAUGAAGGACUAUCAACAAGCAAUUUCUGUCGACCCAAACUAUGCAUUAGCCUAUUUCAAUGCAGCAAAUAUCUACUUCCAUAAUCGACAGUUUUCACAGGCCUAUCAUUAUUAUUCCAAGGUAUUACAACUUGACCCAAGAAAUGAAUCUGCUGUUAUGAAUCGUGCUAUUACAAAUACAUUACUAAACAAUAUUGAAGAAGCAAAAAAAGACUUUGAGAAGGCAAUUUGUCUGUGCCCGUUCUCUGCAGCAGUGUAUUUUAACAGGGCAAAUUUCUAUAAUGGAUUGAAGCAAUAUGAACUAGCUGAGAAAGACAUUUCAAUAGCAUUGUCAAUCCAGCCUAAUGAUGCCUUGAUGUAUAAAUUUAGAGCUGAUAUUCGUGGUAAAUUGGGUUUCAAUAAAGAGGCUGUAGAAGACUACAAACAAGCAAUCAGCAUUCAAGAACAGAUUGAUGACAUGUGAAAAGAUACCAGUUCUCAUACCACUUGGGUUUUAUUUACAGAUUUCUCAGACCUUUGAUUAAAAAAGUCCAAGAUGCAAGAAAAAUUUAUAACUUAUCUUCAUUUUUAUAUAUUCUAUUUACAUUUUAUUCUCCUAAAUAAUAUAAUUACCUUGAUUGUGCAAAACUAGACAGAGUUAUUUAAGAAUAGAAUGCCACAUUUAAUUUUUGUGAGUUAUAAAUUGUUCUUUAUUUGUUAGUGUCUAGACAUAAUUGAUUGUGUUGUGUGCAAAAUGAAGGACAGAAAAGAGGAAUUUAUAGGCAAAAGACCUCAACUGUAUUGGUUAUAGAAGGAUAAAAGAGACUACACUUCCCCUUGCUCCCAAAUAGAAAUCCUUGCAGUGAUGCUAAUUAUAUGUCACCUGGACCAUCUGGGAAACAAAAAUUCUAAGGUGGCUGAAAUGCUUGUGAUUGCUAACUAGGUCUCUACCAAAUGCUUGUGAUUGCUAACUAGGUCUCACUUUCUUCCUGAUCUUCCUUCCAUACCUCUUCAUAAGAUUUCCUGUUCCCUGUCACUCACAUGGUAGGGGAAAGCCAUUGUGCAAGGUUCAUCUGUUCCAGUGUGUGAGAACUACUCCAAGAACUGAAAUUUGAGGAGGGCGUGAUUCACUUUGUCAGUAAAAAGUUAAGUUUAUGUGCUUCCACUUAAAUGUAUUACACUGUGCCAGCUUGAAGAGACAGGUAAAAAUGCAUAAAUAGAUUGUAGGUUUGUGUUCUAAGCUCUAAGAAUGGGUUUAAGAACAGGCUGUGACCUAAACAUGGAGACUGAAAUGUGCAUCUGUGUGACCAACAUUUAAAAAUUGUCAGGCCCUGCCCAUGUACUAAAUUAAUCCUCCAGGUACUAUGGUGUCCACCAGAUAGUAUGGUGAAGAUAGCUGUCCUGGUUUUGGCAGGGUAGAGUUGAUUUUCUUUCUGGUAGCUGGUAUAGUGCUGUGUUUUGGAUUUAGGAUGAGAAUAAUGUUGAUAACACACUGAUGUUUUAGUUGUUGUCAAGCAGUCAAGGACUUUUCAGCUUCUUAUACUGCCCUGCUAAUGAGAAGGUGGGGGUGCCCAAGAAGCUGAGAAGGGACACAGCCGGGACUGCUGACCCAAACUGGCCAAAGGGAUAUUCCAUACCAUAUGAUGUCAUACUCCGUAUAUAAUUGGGUGGACUGGGAGGCAGUUCAGCUUGAGAACUAGCAGAGCAUCAGCUUUGGUUGGUGAGCAGUUGUGCUGUGCAUCACUUGUUUUUAUACAUUCUUUUGUCAUUAUUAUCAUUAUUAUUAUUGUCUUCCUUUUCUGUCCUAUUAAACUGUCUUUGUAUCAACCCACAAGUUUUACCUUUCUUUUUUCCUUUUCAAUUCUCUCCCCCAUCCCACUGCGGGGAGUGAGCGAAUGGCUGUGUGGUGGUUUUACCUGCCGGCUGGGUUAGACCACAACAAUAGCAAAAGGAUGAAGCAAAACAGAUGUUUUUGUCUCAGAAAAGAGAAGAAGGAGGAACGUUAAGGUCAUAUUCAGCAUGCAAGCAGUCCUGUGGUUUCAGACAGUGGAAAGAUUUCUAAAGGCAUAAAUGGCACUUCAGUGCCUAAUCCCAGUGAUAUAGGAAUUGUAUGUGUAAUUGCAAUUUAGGCUUACAUGUAAAAAGCUAUAAAUUUGCCUCUUGGAAAAAAUGCAAAAGGAAAAGGUGAGAGGGACCUUCACAAAACAAUAGACCUAACACACACCGAUAUGAGCCUGUAAUUACUUAAUGUUCUGAAUGUGGAAUAAUCCCUAGAUAGUAGAGAAUAAUCCAGAAUAAAAUAAAAAUUAAAUAAUCUAAUUUAUAUAAAAUUAGUAUUAAAGAGCUACAUUGGUCCAUUUAACUUUAUAACUGACUUUUCUUGGUACUCCUAGAAUUAAGUGAUUUUUUUUUUAUUGUUUAUGUGCAAUUGAGAUGAAAGCAAAAGUCAUUGCUUUGUCUCAAAUAAUUUUAUUUUCUCUGAGUACUUAACACACUGCUAUACACUUUUUCUGUAAAAAUAUCUGUUCUUGCAUACCUAUGCAAUGUAUGUUUAGCCAAUGUGAUAGUGACUGGAAUUCUAGCUUUGUUCUGGUAUCUAAAUUUUUGCAUUUGUAAUAUCACAUUACAUUGUAAAAAUUCCUCUGCUUGUCACCUUGUAAGAUUUGGGUUGAAAGAAAAAAGUACUGCGGAAAGGAAAUUCAGACUAAGAAUAACUCAAAGCAUUUGACUCCAUCCCUACUCUCUCUGACUAUUGUCUUGUCUUGUUUUUAAUAUCUAAUGUGAUGAGACUUUGCGCUUGCAAGAUCUAUGGUGAUAAGGUUGACUGGAAUACAUGCAUCAUAGUUAACAUGUAUAAAA